UCACAUUUGUCCCAAAGUACACAUUUCAAAAAGUGUGAACAUUACCUAAAUCGCCUGACAAAACUGACAGCUGUCAACGUUUUUCUGCACAUUCGAGGUUAGAGUUUUUGCUGGAUUUUUUGCCCUGCACACAAUUACAUAAUUGUUCAAUAAGAAAAAAAUGUCGCAAGCUCCAGUGCGUGUUUCUCCUCUAAUCAAAUUCGGCAGAUGGAGUCUGCUCCUUGUCGGCAUUGGUUACGGUGCCUUCCACCAGAACAGACUCGCCACCCGCGAAGUCAAGAUUCGUGAAAUCGAAGCCCAACAAAAGAUUGUCCGCGAUGCUAAGAUUGCCGAAGAGAAGAAGAGGAACGCAGAGGCUGAAAUUAAGGCACUCGAAGAACUCUCCAAACCAUCUAAAAAGUAGAUUUAAUAAUUUCCAAUUUAAAAAAAAUCUAUGUUUAAUCGAAAUCAUCUGAAUCUGUUUCCGAUGGUGGAUUUAUAAGGAUUCAAUAAAUAGUUGUUCAUAACGAUAAAAAAGAAUGUGGUUAACGUGAAUACAUUAAAUUGGUCAUAAUA